AUGCUUUAUUUCCACCCGUCUUCAUUCAUAUAUCAACAGCGGAUCAACAGUUUUCUAUUUGGUUUUGAAGCAGAAAAUUUACAUAGGAUUCCUUUAACAACAUCAACAUUGGGCUACCUUGGCAUUUUAUUGAAUAUUUUGAAUAUCUGCUGGUAUCAUAAAAUGUUAAUUGAAUACAUUCGAAUUGUUAUUCUUCUCUUAAAAGCUUUUGUUUUAUUAUGUGUGCAUAUGGCACAGCAGCACUUCGUGGAAGGGUGA